GUAGUUUUCCCUUGCGAUCAGUAGGUGAGGUUGCAAGCGUCAUCAGGCAAGGUCAUGAUGAUAGAUGACUCAGCAUCCAUGCCAUUCGUCUUGGUUGGUUUAACUUGCUUGGACUGCAGAAUGCGCCCAGUACGAAUGUUCUCGGUGUGCGGAGCAGGAAACUGGAGUACUUCAGACCAUGCCCCAAAAACAAGGGGUUGGGUUGGAAUCUUCCUUGCAGUCAAUAUAUGUGUGGCUUGACCAUACAAGUCGGUAGCUUAGAUAGAUAACUAGUAAUAGUACUUUGGAGAACUAGAUAGCACUAAAGUAUGGUAGCUACUUAACCAGUG